AUGGCCGACGCGGCUCCCCCGCCCUCCCAGCCGCAGCAGGACAGCCUGCGCCGCUGCUUCAUCUGCCUCAUGGACGAGAACGAGACCGGAUCAUCCGACUCCGCCUGGGUCGACCCGUGUCCCUGCACCCUCGAGGGCCACCAGGACUGCAUGAUAGAGUGGGUGACGGAGCUGGAGCGCGAGGGCAAGGAGAUCCGGUGCCCGGUCUGCAAGGCCCUCAUCACCGUCGACGAGCCGUGGGACCCCGCCGUGGCGCUCAGCAACGAGAUCUACAAGGUCUUCAGCAAGAUCUCCCCCGGCCUGAUCCUCGGGGGCCUCGGCGCGGGUACCUGGGUCGGCCUGGCCAUGUACGGUAACAUCGCGGUGCGUGUGUUCGCAGGCCCGGAGGCGACGUAUCGGUUCUUCUUCAACGACAGGAACCCGAGGGGUGUGCCGAACGUCAACUGGAUUCACGUCGCCGCCUUACCGACCAUUGCGCCGGCGUUGGUGAUCGGCCACUCGUUCCCCGUCCUGGGCAACGUCUUCUUCAUGCCCGCCGCGGCUCUGUAUGGCGUCUUCCACAUGGCCCGCAACGACAACUUCUUCUCGUGGCCACCCUCCCCGCAGCUCGCGGCCGCGGCCUUCCCAUACUUGCGCGCCGUGUACAACAACCUCUACCACGAGUUCCUCUGCUCCUACGAGCGCAAGUGGGAGCGCAGGAUAGCCGGCCUGCCCGAGCCCGCGCCGCCGACGAACCGGCGCGAGCGCAGAGAGCAGCGUCGCGGCCGGCAGCAGGACGCGGAGCCGCCCAGGAACAACGGGAUCGUGGGCGGCCUUCUCGAUGCGGCGAUAGACAUGCUGGAUAUUCCCGACGUCGAGGUCGACGUGGAGGUUGAGGAUAUGAGGGAGCUGGACGAGAGGGGCGACAUGCUCGAGAUCAUCGUCGAGGAGAUGGACGAGGCGGCCGCGGAGGAGGAGAGGGAAGAGGCGUUGGAGGCCGCGGUAGAGCAGCUGGGUGUCCAGUUGCCCGCGGAACUCCAGCAGCCCGCGCAACCGGAAGCCGCACCCGCUCCCGCGGCCGCUCCAGCACCGGCGCCGGCACCCAGGCAGCGCGGACUCCAGGCUAGUCUCCGGGACGUGACAAACUCCCUCGCCAGCACGCUGCUCCUCCCCGUGAUCUCAGCCGGCAUGGGCGAGCUCAUCCGCCUCGCGCUGCCGAAGCACCUCACGACCCCGGCCGGCGGCUUCGGCCGGUUCAGGGUGAAGACGGGCCUGCUCCAGGACCAGUGGGGUCGCAACCUGGUGGGCGGGUGCAUGUACAUCAUCCUCCGCGACGCGUUCAAGCUGUAUAACAAGUACCGCAUGGCGCAAAACAAGCCGUUGCGCAAGGUCAGGAACGUGGACCGGCGGAGGGGCGGCGGCGGCAACGCGUCUACUUCUGCAUGA